AUGUCCCGACUUCCACGCGCCGGGAAGAUGUCUCUUGCUGCCCGCAAGGAUAUUCGAGAUUCCUGGGAGAACAAGAAGGGCGAAUACGAAGAGAUGCUCUCUGGAGUACUUGGUCGGCCAUGGACUGUUGCCGUUGAUCCGUGGGCCUUUUACCCCUAUGCCCAGAAUUGCGGUUAUGAAACAUCUGUCGGGGAUCUCAUUGCCAGAUAUAUUGAUGGCAUUUUAUAUCAAUUGCGCGAGUUUGUUGACCGAAAUGGAAACGAAGCUAGGGAUGAGAUCAAUGAGAUCUGUGCCGCCCAUGUUAUAACUAUCGACUGUGAUAACACAAAGACCAUAUCCUACUGUGCUGUCAAAGUAUCCUCUGAGGGUCAGCUUGUCAUCAUCUUUAACGAACAAAACCUAGGGGUUAAUACAUCCGAUGCUGCCGACAACAACAAUCUCACCAAAGCGCUUAACGAUGCCCCUUCACCAAGGCCCAUGAGCUUCAUCGCAAGAACCUCAAUCAAAGACGGCUAUAACAAUUCUAUCGGGAAGAUACAAGAAAAGCUCAAAGAGAUGCUCAAUCAGGACAUUUCUCUUGUUCCCAAUUUUGAAGCAAAUUUUGAGAAACUGAAAAGCAGCUCUGAUGCUGAUAGCGGUUGGGAGCGUAAUUUCGGGGAUAUCCACCUCGCAUAUUUCGAUGGUUUGGUCACGCAGCUCGAAUAUGAAAAGUUUGGUGAGGACGAUAUGCUUCGAGAUGGCCUUCUCGAAGGGAUGGAUAAGCAUACCGUUUACAUCCGUAUUGUAGAACAAACGAAGAGAUCCUACAACGGGGUUGUUAUUGAGGAUGGUGUUCUUUACCUUCAGACUACACCCGCGAAUUUUGGAGUCAACACUGCUCAGGUGGCUAGCGAUAUUGUUAACAUCUUGUAA